AUGGUAAUUGAUGAAAAAGUUGGGCGUCGGGAGUGCCACGUAACAACGAGUGAAAGUGAGAUGCUGGACUUCAAGCAACAUGUCAUCGAGACAGGAAGCAGAACGCUUAUCGACAAUGCAGAGCGACCCAGGUCUGCUGUAACAACCACCGGCCGCAGUGCACCUGGACACCCAAAGGCUGAAGAGGCUGCUGGCCGCAUUAUAGGUGGCACCCCAGCCUCACUUGGCCAGUUCCCACACCAGGCGUCCGUCGUCAUGGACUACUCCUACCUGUGUGGCGGGUCGCUGAUCUCCGCCUCUGUCGUCCUAACAGCGGGGCACUGCGCCUCCGGUCUCAGCAUUAUUGAGCCUAGCCGCGUGACCAUCGUCACCAGGUCGGCGAUUGUGCACUCCGAAUACAACCCCAACAACCUCUACAACGACAUCGCCGUCGUCUUCCUGGGUACCAACGUCCCAAUCAACAAUUACAUCGCGCUGGUGAACCUGCCUUCUCGCUCACAGGCGAGCAACAGCUUCGAAGGCCAGAUCGCUACGGUCAGCGGCUGGGGCCGCACUACCGACAACGGUGCCAGCUCAGACACGCUGCAGUACACGACACUGAACGUCAUGUCCAACACGCAGUGCAGCCAAUACUUCGGCGGUCCCAUCUUAGACUUCACACUCUGUGCCGUCGGUUCCAGCGGACAGAGCACCUGCAACGGCGACAGCGGCGGCGCGCUGGUGGUCGGCUCACAGGGCAGCUACACGCAGAUCGCCGUCGUCAGCUGGAUUUCGGGCAAGGGCUGUUCGAGCGGAGACCCGGCCGGCUUCACCAGGGUCACCUACUUCCUCGACUGGAUCUCAAGUACCGCCGGCAUCACCAUUCCGUAA